UAGGUUAAAACAGCCCGCGAUGGCACCAUACCAGCCAGCCUGAACCAAAAGCCUCCCAACGGUGCUGUUGGGCCCCAGAUGACCUUGGAAAUGAAUCUGUGCUGGAAUGAGAUUAAGAAGAAAUCACACAGCCUUCGGGCUCGCCUUGAGGCCUUCUCAGAUCACAGCGGCAAGCUACAGAUUCCUUUGCAGGAGAUCAUUGACUGGCUUAGCCAAAAAGAUGAGGAAAUUUCUGCCCAGCUACCACUCCGUGGGGACGUUCUCCUGGUACAGCAGGAGAAAGAGAGGCAUACGAUGUCUCCCCAAGACACCGGAUCCAGAAUAUCAGCCGUUUUGUGUGGAAGCAGGCAACGGUGGCCAGCGAACUGUGGGAGAAGCUGACCGCCCGCUGUGUCGACCAGCACCGUCACAUUGAGAGGACCCUAGAGCAGCUGCUGGAGAUCAAGGCGACCAUGGAAGAACUUAGCACCACCCUCAACCAAGCUGAAAGUGUGCAAGAGACAUGGGAGCCCAUUGGAGACCUCUUCAUCGAUUCUUUGCCGGAGCACAUCCAGGCCACCAAGUUGUUCCAAGAGGAGCUCUCCCCCAUGAAAGACGGGGUGAAACUUGUGAACGACCUUGCACACCAGCUGGCUAUCUCCGACGUUCACCUGUCCAUGGAGAACUCCCGUGCUCUCGAACAGAUCAACACACGCUGGAAACAACUACAGGUCUCCAUCAAUGACCGUCUGAAGCACCUUCAAGAUGCUCACCGGGACUUUGGGCCAGGAUCUCAACACUUCCUCUCAA